CUUAUCUUGAUACGUUGAGUAACGACCAUAACUUUUGUUCUUUUAUUGGGUUUUGUUUUUUCUAGUUAGGUCUGCUCCACCAACACUAUUACUAGAGACAAUUGUGAUCAAAAACCUUCCUCCAACGGAUGCUAGCCUACGAGGAUGAUGGAAAGGACUGCAACACGAACGAGUAUCCGGAUAACGAGCUGCUCACUAUUGCUCUAGGCGUCACGGGUUUGAUCCUCACGGUCUUGUGCCUGACUGUCGGUACUUUUUUGUGUUCUAGCAGCGCAUGUGGAUUAAUAGAGAAGUUUGGAUUAAUAGAGAACAGAUGUUCUAGUAACACGGAUUAGUUGGAUUCUCAAAGAACCUUACAUGUUCUAGUACCACGGAUGGUAGUAGUCAAUGACAAUGAAUUGAUCUUGGAUUGGUUCUUUUGGAAUCGAUUUUGCUCUCACAGCCCAUUCCUUCUGACACACUCACGAUCGAAACUCCAAUAAUCAAUUUGACAGGCAAACCGGUCGAUCGAAAAAUCCAUGGCGAGCCACCUGAGCAUGACUUCAACUGAGAAGGAUAGCGCAUGCUGCGCUAAGGAAACAGAAACCUCUGCUGAGUCUUGUUAUGCUGAAAAUAUACAUCAUUGAUGUAGGUGAUACUACUUCCCUAUGCUAUUGAAACAGAAAUAUGACUUUCCUGUCAUCUCUUUUUUUUUAUGUCAGAUUUAUCAAAAGUGUAGUAGCUAGUUGUGAACUUUUCUAUUGUCGCUAAAAUCAGAAUCAGAUACAAACUCUCAGUAGAGAUCUUCCUAUCUUUGUCAAAAAGUGUAAAACUUCAAACAAAAAGGUGUUGGAAUUUUGGGAAAAUUAUCAUGUCUGAAGGACAAGAAACAACGCGAAAAUGUUGUUGUUAUUUUUGAGAGUACCCCAGACUGCAAGGAGAGUACGCCAAACAAGGAGAGUACCUUGUAACAACGACCUCCUUGUUACCUCUUUCUGACUGCAGUCCUUUGCAGGUUCUAGUUGAAAGGGAGACUUAUGACUGAGGAGAUGUGCUUGUGCGCAAAAAAAAUUAUGUUGGUGAAACGUAUAUCUUGGAAAUAAUCUAGACCUAGUAGACCUAGUAGACUAGUAGAUAAUAUUAACAAUUGUUCUAACUCGUUCUUAGAUAUAAUGUAUUGAAAAAACAGCCACGCAAUGAUAUAGCGAGACUAUCAAUCAUUAAUCGAUAAUAUCCUUAUCCUAUAACCAUACCUAAUUAUAAACAGCAGCAUUUCAUCAUUGCAGGGUUAAAAUUAUAGUGUGUCUAUCCCAAAAAGAAAAUCACUCUUGUCACAUACUCAGGAAAAAAUCGCAAGAUCAAAGCCCGAUGCUUGAACAAAGGAGCAUGAUUGAUUUUAUCUGAAUCUCCAGGUUGGUGAGCUUGUGAUGCUAAUCACAAAUGAAGUAUAAUAUGAACAAGACCACGUGGUCGUUUCGCGAUGGAACAAGCUGUAUCCGAGUACGAAGAAGCAG